AUGUUUAAAUGUAAAUUCAAACUUAACUUCAAGUAAUUCCACCACUCACUAGUCACUACCUCUCUUAAUCACUCUUCCAUGGCUUCAUGGAUUGAAGAGCUCCAACUCCCACCCCACCUCAACAUCCCUAUAACCAUAGACAAUGUCACUACAGUUACCCCGGCUGGGCCGAUUCCGGCCAACUCUGGUGACUGCCUUUACCUCUCAAACCUUGACGAUGUGAUUGGAUCUCGGGUUUUCACCCCAACUGUUUACUUUUAUGCAUCAAACAGCUUGAAUUCUGAUCGGAAACCUGUUGGAAAGAUUCUACGUGAUGCAUUAGCAAGCGUCUUAGUUCCUUACUACCCGUUUUCGGGUCGCAUCCGGGAGGCCCAUAAUGGGAAAUUGGAGCUCUUUUUUGGACCCAAACAAGGAGCCUUGAUUUUGGAAGCCCACUCAGAAAUGGCCUUAAGUGACCUUGGUGACCUAACAGUUCCAAACCCUUCCUGGGCUCCAUUGAUCCACAGGGCCCCAAAUGAAGAGGCCUAUCAGGUGGUGGACAUGCCCUUGGUUAUAGCCCAAGUAACAACCUUCACCUGCGGUGGCUUCAGCCUUGGCUUACGCAUCUGCCACUGCCUCUGCGACGGUUUAGGUGCUAUGCAAUUCAUAUCUGCUUGGGCCAAAACAGCCCGGACCGGCACGGUCGUACCAAGCCCUGUACCAUGUUGGGACAGGGAAUUUUUCCGGCCCAGGGAUAUUCCCAUGAUUAAGUUCCCUCACACCGAGUUCAUGAGCAUCGACGACGGUUCGACCCUCACCUCAACCCUUUGGAAUACUAAACUGGUUCAGAAGUGUUACAGGUUCACCCGGGAGUUUCAGACCGAACUCAAACGGUCAGCCCAACCCGACGAUGGUGGCACGUGUACAACCUUCGAUGCAAUGGCGGCACACGUGUGGAGAUCCUGGGUGAAGGCGUUCCAAAUAACGCCUCUGGAUUACGAGCUUCGGUUAACAUUCUCUGUGAACGCUCGACAGAAGCUUAAUAAUCCGCCGUUAAAAGAAGGGUUUUACGGUAACGUGGUGUGCUUGGCUUGUGUGACCAGAACGGUCUCGCAAUUGGUCCAAGGGCGGCUCAAAGAGACGACCCAGUCCGUUACGGAGGCUCGACUCGGCAUAUCUGAGGAGUAUGUGAGGUCAAUGGUGGACUACAUUGAGGUGAACCGACCAAGAAGGCUUGAGUUUGGGGGGAAGUUGACGAUCACGCAGUGGACAAGGUUCUCCAUGUACGAGUCGGCCGAUUUUGGGUGGAACCGCCCGGUUUAUGCCGGUCCGAUAGAUAUAACCCCAACGCCACAGGUCUGCGUGCUUCUACCGGAGUGUGGUCAGAAUUGCAGUGUUGAUAUGGUGGUGUGUAUUUGCCUUCCAGACUCGGCUUCCGAUAGAUUUAGAGAGUUCUUAUAUCAAAUUGACUAAAAGCACCAGGCCAUAGACAUGUAAGACCCUCUGAUUGGACCUAGGAGGGGUAUUUGUGACCAUACACAA